AUGACGUGGGCCCCACCUCCCGGGCCCCACUUCCGGCUACAGAAGUUUCCCCCUAUUUCAAAGACAACAAGGACUCCAACCGGCACGCCUGCAUCAUCUCGCCCUGCCACAGGCCCCACCCGGACCCCCACCUCCAGCACAGCCAAGAGCUCCCCAGCUACUCCCAAAACUACCACCCCGAAAACCUCCUCCAUCACCACCGCCAAGCCUGCGGCCUCCAGACUAACCUCCACUACCCCCUCUGGUGGCAAGCCUCCAGCAUCACAGACAUCCAGAACCACAACCCCUGUGAAGAAAGAUGUUACCAAACCUGCUGCUUCAGCAUCCAAAAAGCCAUCAGACUCCCCCCUCACCCGCCCCCCCAUCACAAAGUCGGCCAAACCCGAGGCCCCCAAAUCCGCCUCGAAAUCAGACGUCCCAGCCAAAAAGCCUGCAGCCAGUAAGGACACAAAGACGCCCACCCGGCCUAAAACUGAGAGUAAGCCAACUCCUUCCAAGGCUCCUGGCUUGAAAACAUCCAAGACCCCCGCCCCCAAGAAAACAGUGGGCAGCAGCACCCCGACUCCAGUGAAGCGCGGCCCCAAAGCGGUGCCUGAAGCAGCGCCGGAGAAAGAGAUAGCUGCUGUGGUAGCCGCCGCCGCAGCUAUUGCCACUGCUGCUGCUGUCAUAGCCGGGCCAGAGGGACCAGAACCAGCUGCUGCUGAGGAACCACAGCUGAUGUCCAGCCAGGCCGAAGCGGUACAAGAAAAAACUCCAGAACCUACAACAGAGCCUGUGAGGGAACCUACACCAGAGCCUAUGAGGGAACCUACACCAGAGCCUAUGAGGGAACCUACACCAGAGCCUUUGAGGGAACCUACACCAGAGCCUAUGAGGGAACCUACACCAGAGCCUUUGAGGGAACCUACACCAGAGCCUAUGAGGGAACCUACACCAGAGCCUUUGAGGGAACCUACACCAGAGCCUAUGAGGGAACCUGCACCAGAGCCUGUGAGGGAACCUACACCAGAACCUGAACCAGAAUCAUUCCAAGUGCGAGAAACAUCUCCAGAGCCCCUCCCAGAACCCCUGUCAGACGCAGAACUUGGAGCCGCCUCUGUCGAUCAGUUGUCGGAUGAUCUAGACCGCUUUAAAUUCUCCGAGUCUGCUAAAGACACCUCCCUGGGAACCACCGUCAUGUCUCCUCCUUCCUCUCCUCUGUGCCCGGCCUCCUCUCUGCUGGACAUGCAGGUCCAAGCUGAUCCCUGGGACCGGAGCCAGGACAUGGCUGCGUCUCACUUUGCUCCCCAGAGCCUCGUCUACACAGAUGAGGAAAAAGAGAAUAAGGACCAGUUUGAGACACAGCAGACAAGGGAUGAGGAGGAUGAGGAGGAAGAGGAGGAAGAGGAGAAGGAGAACCUGUUCAUGCCUUCCUCCAAAGCUCCAUCUGCGGGGGCCUUCAACCUGAUGGCAGAGCCUCAGAUGGAUGACCUGCCCUCCCCCCAUGAGAAGGAGGAGGCGGUUGAAAAGGCUGACGAGGAGAUAAACGAGGAUGAUGAUGAGGAGGAUGACGAAGACGAGGAGCAGAGGCGACUGGGCCACCUGCCUUCCCCCCUGGGCACCGACAUGAGCACGUCUCAGCCCUCCGAGGAGUUUGCUGUGCGUCCCUCUGCCUUCGGGGGGUCUGCGGGUUGGCACGGCGACGACCUGCUGUCCGGGCUGGACUCGGAGGAUGUGAGCAGCUGCAGCCGGCCGGCCGGCGAGUCGGACCUGAGCAGCACGCAGCACACGGCCCUGCUGGAGGGCACGCAGAGCUCCGACGCCCUGGUGGACUCCAGCCUACGAGGGUCAGAGGGAGACGGGAACCUCAUGGGAUCCCCCAACGUGGAGACCCUCGCCAACGAGGAGGAGGAAGACGAGGAGGACGAGGAGCGGGUGGACGACAUGGACCUGAGCUCUGAGAGAGUGGAGGAGCAUCACAAAGGGUUCCAGCAGCAGCAGCAGCAGCAGCAGCAGGAGGAAGAGGAGGAUGACGAAGAUGUGGAGAUGCACAGUGAAGGAGUGACGGAGAGCGGAGGGAACGUAGACGAAGACGACUUCAACGAGGAGGAGCGCUUAGACAACCUGAACCGCUCUGCUGCUCCUCCCUGCGCCCCCCCCACCUCCUCCUGGGGUCAGACCAACCCCUUCUGUGAUACCUGGGCUCAGUCGGCCACCGUCCCCUCCCCCAGCCCCCUCUCUGACCUCGGGGCGGCUGAAUCAGUGACCCCUGUCCUGUCUCCGGCUCACAUGGCCAGCAGCGCCGCGUCCUUUGCUCCUGAGUCAGUGCAGGAGGAGAUGAUGAAGGACUCUGAAGAUGACGAGGCUCAUGGAUUGUUUGCCGCCGCAGCAGGAGGCGCUGACCCUGUCGUCCGUAGCAACAGCGAGACGAGCACGCCCGAGGAGCUCCGUGACUACGACAGCAGCUCGGGGGUGGAGUCCCGCUCUGACAAGCAGCAGACCCCGGUGCCUCCUCACCACGCCGACAUGGAGCAGGACCUGGGCAUCCACCUGGAGAAAGGAGACGGGGAGGAGGAGGAGGCCGAGACCCUCCCCGCCGACGAAGUCCUAGGAACGGGACCCCCGACCGCCCCUGCCUCCGCCCCCUCCUCCUCCCCCUCCACCUCAGGAGACGAGGCCAGCGACACAGAAGGCGAGAUGCAGAUCAACGACCCCGACGCACCGCUGAUGAUGGAUGAGGGCGCCCGGUUCGAGAGCCCCCCCCCCACCUGCAGCCUGUCCGCUCUGACGGAGGACGAGGAGGCUCGCGGCGGAGAGGGCGAGGAGGACGGAGGCGGCACCACCCCGCAGUCGGCCAACUCGGUGGCGUCUUACGGCUUCGACUGCACCACGUCCAACUCCAACGCCCACUCCAUGGCUGAGAGCUGCGGGAAGAGCCCCGGCAUCUUCAGCCUGGAGAACGAGGAGCAGCUGUCGGAGGAGGCCAAGGACCCCUCCCUCAUCAAGGAGCUCACGCUGCCCUCCACCACCGCUGCCCCCGUGGACCUGACGCCUUUCGGCUUCCCGGGAGACGUCCAGCACGGAAAUCUUGACGAGUACAUGCUGGGGGGGAAGAUGGCGGCGGAGCACCUGGAGGAGGUCAACCCGCUGGACCCCCAUCACCACCUCGGGGGGGCCGUGGAGUCCGGAGACCCCGGAGACAACCAGCCGCCGUACUACUCUACCAUUUGUGAUAAGACUGAUAGUUUUCUGGCAGGUAACGUAUAAGUCCCUCCUCUAACCCCUGAAUGCACCUUUUCCCCGCAACCCCCCCCCCCCAAACCCACACCCAGUUACCUGUUGUUUGUUUUCUCUCCAGUUGGGUUAGAAGGCUUAGAAAAAAAGAUUGUAGGAAAAGAUUAAAAAAAAAAAAUGAACAAAGGAGAUGGAGUAAAAAAAUGACUGUAGCAAUUUUUAAAUGAAGCCUCCCUCUUUCAUAUGGUCAUGGUUAUGAGUGUACGGCUUACUAUGUACAAUAGCUACUACCAUUUUCUAGUAGAAUGUUCUUUUUAAGUAACACUGCAUACCCUGAAGCCCCUGGUGGGGACUGACUGACUGAUCGGUCCGCUGGGACUGAACUUUUAAAACCGAGAAAAAAGAAAAAAAAAACUGACGGGAAGAAAUGGACUCAUUGUGUAUUUAUCCUGCUGUUUUUACCGAACAAAUGUCGAUGAUUUCUUUUUGUUUUGUAUUUGCUUAUUUGUGUUAUUAUUUUCUGUUGAAACCUGGUCCUCCCCACCCCGUGUACACGCUUCAUGUUCGACCGCACCAUAGCGAUAGUCACAUGCUCCUUCUUUGUGUUUAAAGACUUUUAGCUAUCAAAAUAAAGGCUAGAUAUUAACACGGCAGACUUGUUUGAGGUAGGUGUGGGAGUGUUAGAUUGCAGUUGGUGAAGUUUUAAAUGUGUGCUUUACGAGGCUCUUCGCAUUGGUUGUUACGGUAUAUAACGUGCAGUCACGUACAGUAUGUGUUUCAGGCGUUUGGUUAGCUGAUCAUAUGUGUUCCAGAAGAGACCACGACUAGCCUUUUAUUUGUGAUGAGACCCUCCAUUGUCGUCCAUCGCUAUCACAGCCAAGCUUUACACUCAUAGCGAGCGUUUGGUUUACUAUUUCAACAGUAUAUUGCAUGUUUAACUAACAUAAAGACUGUACUACCUUGACUUUGAAACAAUUCUACACUAGCCAUGUUCAUAAAUGAAUGGUUCACACUAGGUUAUCUUUCAAAAUUCCAUUAAAACAUCAUUACAAGGCA